CAGUUGUCACUAAUGUUCUUUUGUUGAAAAAGAAGAAUCCACGAAUCGUGUUUUUAUUGAGGUUAUGUUUUCUAAAGCUCUUGGCCUGAAAUCAGCACGUGGUGGAAUAUAUUGUUGAAUUUGUUUAUUAUAUAGUUAUUUAGUUCAAUUAUGGGUAAACCAGAUUUUUCUCCAGGAGGUGGUAGAGGAGGCCGAGGUGGCUUCGGCGGUGGCCGAGGAGGAGGAGGAGGAUUUGGGGGCGGCCGAGGAGGCGGCGGUGGACGUGGUGGUUUUGGCGGCGGUGGACGAGGAGGUGGCGGCGGCCGUGGUGGCUUCGGUGGGGGCCGUGGAGGAGGAGGACGAGGAGGCUUUGGUGGUCGUGGAGGUGGCGACCGCGGAGGUGGCGGCAGAGGAGGAUUUGGUGGCCGUGGGGGCGGAGGCCGUGGAGGUGGAAGAGGUAGAGGUGGUGGAGGAGGCGGAUUCAAGGGAGGAAAGACCGUAGUUAUUGAACCACACAGGCACGAAGGAGUUUUCAUUGCGAGAGGGAAAGAAGAUGCUCUAGUCACACUUAAUCUUGUUCCUGGGUCUGAAGUUUAUGGAGAGAAGAGGAUAUCUGUUGAGAAUGAAGGUGAAAAAACAGAAUACAGAGUUUGGAAUCCAUUCAGAAGCAAACUAGCAGCUGCCAUAUUAGGAGGUGUAGACCAAAUCCACAUGCCACCAGGCAGUAAAGUCCUCUACCUAGGAGCUGCAUCUGGAACAACAGUAUCACACGUUUCAGAUGUUGUUGGUCCUGAAGGUCUCGUAUAUGCAGUAGAAUUCUCACACCGAUCAGGCAGAGAUUUAAUAAAUGUCGCCAAGAAACGUACAAAUAUAAUCCCAAUAAUUGAAGAUGCUAGACACCCCCACAAAUACAGAAUGCUGGUAGGAAUGGUAGAUACUAUAUUCGCUGAUGUAGCUCAGCCAGAUCAAGCUAGAAUCGUGGCUCUGAAUGCUCAGUAUUUCCUUAAAAAUAAUGGACAUUUUGUUAUUUCUAUUAAAGCAUCUUGUAUAGAUUCCACUGCACAGCCUGAGGCUGUGUUUGCGUCAGAAGUUAAAAAAUUACAAGCAGAUAAACUGAAACCUCAAGAACAGCUCACGUUAGAGCCUUACGAAAGAGACCAUGCUGUCGUGGUGGGUGUUUUUAGGCCGCCACCUAAGAAUAACUAAAUUUUUUACUUGUUUAGAUCGUGUUCAGUUCAUAAUUGUUUGAUAAGUUGUUAUAGUAGCUUUAAGAACUCUAGGAUAUCGGCAAACUUCUUAGUUUGGGCAUCGUUUGUUUUAUUAAUUGAUAUAUUUAUGUAUGUCUACCUCAUAUAUUGUAGGUACAUAAUAAAUAACAAAGAAAGGCAAUUACAGGAUCACCAAAAGAGAGCGUUGAUUUAACUAUGCAGAAACGGUUUCUGCAUUUUAAUUUUUAUAUGAAAAAUUUUAUUACAUGUAAGAAUAACUAUGUUUUGUAAGUAUAAUAAUAUAGAUAUUUUCUUCCUAA